CCUGCAUCUCACAUUUUACAUACUCGACAAAAAUUGGAGUGUAAUUUGUCAGAAAAAAGUUGGACUCUUUACAACAGUAGACUGGAGUAUCCCAAAAAUACUAUAUGGGUAAAUGAUGUGGGUAACUAAAGGCAAGAAACAUGAAAAACUGCAACACUAUCUACCACACAUACUUCACUGCACUACUAUCACUACUAUGGAAAACCUUUUUACUCAUACAUACUUCGCUGUGAGAUAAACAUCCGUCCUACCCAAAAACAUUUUUCUUUCAACUCACCAUCUCACUACCCACCAUGUCCAUCUUUCCACUCCAAACCCUCCCUCCCAAAACACAUCACCCCAUCCACCCUAUCCACCCCAUCCAGCUCAGCUCAGCCCAGUUCAGUCCAGCUCAGCCCAGCCCAGCCCAGCCCAGCCUCGCCCUUCACACCGCCACUACACACCUACCCUUACCUCCAAAACCUUACACCAUCCAAACAACGCAUACAUAUGUACAUUGCCCACCUCCCAAAUCCCUCUCCCACGUACCUUCGCCCCCCCCAAUCUAAAAACUCAAAAUCCAGCCCGUCCCAAUUCGCUCACCUGCAUAUCCAUCUUUCCCAGUUUAGUCCACCGGAAUCCUUCGCGUCUGAAAACGGUUUAGGGAUACACUUUUCUUGCGAUGGAGGGGGGGUGGCGGGGUAAAGAGGUUGGCGGCGCUGAGUUUGAGGCCACGGGUUGCUGUGGUAUGUAGAAGAUAGUGGUAGUGGGGGGAUUGUAUGGUCGGCGACUGUACGUAGUCUUGGGGUUGGGGGAAG